CAGGACUUUUAUUUUGGUGUGGUGUGUGAUGUCAUAAAGCUGCGCUGGUGCAUCUGUUGUGAUUCAGCUGAGGAAAGAUGGCACUUAUUAAAGAGGAAAGUGAAGACAUGAAAAUUGAAGCUAUGAAGGUUGAAGAGGUGAGUGAAGACAUGAAGAUUGCAGAAGUAUACAGUCUGAAACGAGAAGAUACUGAGGAACAAACAGACCUGAUUGAGAAGAGCCAAGAGCUGAAGGAUAUGGAAGAUAAAGAGCAGAAUGAGAAAGAUCUUGAUUUCAAAAUUGGAGAAAAAUCCGCACAGACUGAAAAGUGCUCCUCACGAAAAAGAGACCAGAAGAUUGAAUCUAAGAGUUUUUUUACCUGCCAUCAGUGUGGAAAAGGUUUCAGUCGAAAAGGAAACCUUGAGGUCCACAUGAGGAUCCACACUGGAGAAAAACCUUACACCUGCCAACAGUGUGGAAAGAGUUUCACUGUCAAAGAAACCCUAAAAUUUCACAUGAGAGUUCACACUGGAGAGAAGCCUUACACCUGUCAACAGUGUGGAAAGACUUUCAUUCAAAAACGAAACCUUAAGGUCCACAUGAGGAUUCACACUGGAGAGAAACCUUACACCUGCCAACAGUGUGGAGUAAGUUUCACUCUCAAAGAAAACCUUAAAAUUCACAUGAGAGUUCACACUGGAGAGCAGCCUUACACUUGCCAACAGUGUGGAAAGAGUUUCACUCAAAAACAAAACCUUGAAGUCCACAUGAAGAUUCACACUGGAGAGAGACAUUUUAUAUGUAAUCAGUGUGGAAAGAGUUUCAUUCGAAAAGACGUCCUUAAAGUCCACAUGAGACUUCACUCUGGAGAGAAGCCUUACACUUGCACUCAGUGUGGGAAGAGUUUUACCCAUAAAAACCGCUUUAAUUAUCACAUGAGACGUUACACGGGAUGGAAGCUGUUAACGUGAUUAAUGUGGAAAGAGCUUCAUGACAGAACUAAGCCGUAGAUACCACAUGAUCAUUCACACCGGAGAGAAAGAGUUCAUAUGUGGUCAGUGUGUUAGGAGUUUCACAUGUAAAGUAAGCCUUAAUUACCACACGAGGACUCAUUCAGGAGGGAACUGUUUUAAAUGUCAACAAUGUGGAAAGAGUUUUAGUCAUAAAUGUAACCUAGUCAUAAUGUGAAUUUCACAUGAGAGUUCACACUAGAUAGAAUUCCUUCACCUGCAUAUCUGAGUGAAUGUUCACACUGCUGCUGAAUGUGGGCCAAAUCUGAUUAAAAUGCAAAUCUGAAAUGCCACACUGUGUAACUUAAUGGCAAUAUUAAAAAAAUUCCAUAUAAAUAAAAUGACAAGCUCCAUGAAAUAAAGAACAUUGCAUUUUCUGAUUCAUCUUAGUGAGAGAAUGUACUGGUAAUGUUUUUAAAUCAUGGUUUAAACAUAAGUACUGUUAAGGCUCAUCUGAUGACGUCUGGAAGCUGCUUUCAGCUGUGGUUGUCUGACCACAAACGUAUGUUAAAACUGUGAACCAGCAAGUGUUUUCCAUGACAAAGAUGGUAUCAGUCACUCAAUACUUAGUUUUAACAAUGUUAUAAAGGUUUAAUAUUUGUUAAUUAGGUUAUAAACUGGUCCAUUUCAUCAUUUUUCGUCUUCUCUAAGUUCCCUCUUCACUAAGUUUUGUCAAUUGUUUUGUUUAUUGGUCUAAUUCUUGUUUCAGGUUUCUCUUUCUAAUUAACCUUACAUUGGGUUAGUCACUCAAUUAAUUUUCUUGUGCUUUGUUCCCACCGUUCUGAAUUAUGUUGUAUUGAUGAGGAAUUAUCACAAACUAAAAUUGUUUUGUUGUGUUAUCUUACAAUCAAUAUAUAUCAUAAAUGUAAGUUAAAGUGUUGCCUAUGUAACCAGUUAAAACUUGAAGUGGCGAUGAGGUCUUAAAAUGUAUGGAAAUGGUAAA